AUGGUCACGUCCCUCAACUUCUUCGGAACGGGCGCGUGGGCCGGGGCCCCAGAGGGCCCCGACGACCAGCCUGGCGCCAGUGCCGGCCAUUUGUCCAGCACCCAAAGACAUUCCGUCCAGCACUUGUGGGAAGCUGCAGUGGAUUUCUUGUCCCGCGAAAGCCCCUUGCCGUCCAUAACGGCCAUCGAGCAUGACCUCUUCGCCCGCCGGACGGACUACGCGGGAGAAGCCGUGGCGGUCCGGAGGGAGCUCGUCGCCGAAAAAGUUUUCCCUGCUUGGCCGGAGCGCGGCGAGGCUGCAUCUGUCCCCGUGGUGUCGUUCCUCGAUGGAGAGCUGCUGGACGACGCGUCCGACACAGAAUGGUACAAGAUUGUCAAAGAAGGGGCUGCCCGAGGCAUCUUCGCAGAAGUCCCGGACGAGCUCGUUUUCCGAGAUUCCGCAGGCCGGCCAGUCGUCAACGGCGCAAUGGGGAUUGACAAGCACCCCAAAGGGCCAGUUCCUGGCCCCACCCUCUUGCGUUUCAUAUCGAUCUUCACGCCGAUUAACUCCUACAUGCGCAAGCUGCGGGGGGACGACCACACCCUGCCCACGGCCACCAUGCUCAAUGCGUGCAUUCUCGAAGACGGCGAGGAGCUCUGGGACGAUGCCGAGGACCAAAAAGGAUGCUUCAAUAUCUUCCGCCUCCCGGACGAAUGGCUAGGAUAUUGUACGUACUCUAAGCAAGUAUCUGCCGCGGCUUUCGGUGACGACCCCAACCGCAUGGCUUGGGUCGGUAUUCGUAGUGUAGCCAUGGGUUCAAAGAUUGCGGUUUCCAUCAUGCAACGAGUCAUCCGCACGCUCGUCUUCGACAUCGUUGGCGCCGACCCCCGCACUGAACUACGGCGGGACAGAGCGUUCCCAGACGGUGACGUCAGCAUCGUGUGCCUCGACGGAUUCGACUUUGUUCGGAAAGCGCAAUCUCGCCUGUGCAAGUUGCAAAUCGUGGAGUCCAUGGAGCAUCAGCAUUUCGUCGCUGCGUGCGCCAAACACGGAAUCCCCCUGAACCCGGCCAACUCCCUAGUGGCGCAGUUGCGCGCAGGCAUCCUGGGGGGCAUGUGGAUUGCCAUCAUGGGGUGA